AUGGCUCCCUAUGAAUUGUUGUAUGGCAGAAAGUGUAGAUCUCCAAUUCACUGGGAUGUGACAGGGGAGAGGAAAGACUUAGGUCCGGAAUCUGUUCAACGGACUAAUGAAGCUAUUGAAAAGAUUAAAACCAGAAUGCUUGCCUCUCAUAACAGGCAAAAGAGUUAUGCAGAUCUGAAAUGCAGGAAUGUAGAGUUUCAAGUAGGGAAUCAUGUGUUCUUACGAGUGUCUCCAAUGAAGGGGAUCAAGCAUUUCAAGGCAAGCCCUGCUCAUGUACUUAGUUAUGAAAAUCUUGAACUGCAACCAGACCUGUCAUAUGAAGAACAUGCAGUUCAGAUUCUUGACAGAAAGGAUAAGGUCAUUCGGAACAAGACCAUAACUUUGGUCAAAGUACUCAGGAGAAACAGCAGGGGUGGAGGAAGCGACCUGGGGAGCUAG